AUGGGGGACGCCUGCGGCCCGCGGAAAUCUGACGCCAACGCCCACGACGACCUGCCUCCGGCGGUGACCCGCAGGCCAUCGACCCCGCGGCGGCACCCCUCGCCGAAUGCCGGUGCACCAGCCACCCCGAGGCGGCACCCCUCGCCAAAUGCUGCCCCCGCGGCUCCAUCCACCCCGAGGCGGCACCCCUCGCCGAAUGCCGCUACGGGGGUGGCUGGGUCGCAGGGGAAGAGGUCCCAGUCCACCGACCGGCGGUCCGGGAGCCCGGCGAGGCCGGCCUCCGGCGGCGGUUCCAGGGCGGCCGCGCCGUCCAGGAUCUCCGCCCAGACGUCGCCGCCCUCCAGCCCCUCCUCCUCCUCCUCCAGCUCCUCCACGCCCGUGCGCGACGCCGUCUCCGACACGCAGAGCGCCCCGAGGAGGCUGUCCGGCGGAGGCGGCAGGGCCCCCGACGGGCUGUGGCCGUCAAUGCGGAGCCUCUCCUCCUCGCUCCAGCUCGAGCCCAGGGACCGGAGGGCCGCGGAUCAGGCCAGGGCGAGGGACGCGUCGGCGGCGGCCGACAGGAAGAGGAGCCCGAUGAGGGGGCGGAGCGGCGGCGGCGAGCCGCCGGAGAACCCGCACGCCAGGGUGAUUGACCACCACCGCUGGCCGGCCAUGAUGGGGGGCAGGGUGUCCGGCAGCGCCAUGUCCAGGAGCGUGGAUCUCACUGACAAGAUGCACAGGCCACGCGGCGGGGCUUCGCCCAAGAGGACGGCGUCGAUUUCAUCCGCUGCAAGCGCCCUGUCAAGAAGCAUUGAUCUCGCCGACAAAAUCGACCGAUUGGUCUCCUCAUCCAGAGGGGAGGAGUCACCUAGAAGAUCCUCUGCUUCAAAUGGCACAGCUGAUACAUCAAAAAGGAGCAUCACUGAUGGUAAAGAUGCCAGACCUGCAGCCAUGGCAGUUCCAUCAAGAGGGAUGAUUUCUCCUGUGAGAACAGCAAGGGCCCUGUCCAAGAGCAUGGAUCUUACUGAAAGAGAUUACAGUAUGCUCUCCUCCGCAGUGUCAAGUCUCUCAGUAUCAAGUGUGUCUAAUGCCACAUCGCAAACCACAAAAUCUUCUGAGAAGCCGAAUGGACGUGCUUCUUCCCCAGCCUUGUCACGGGGACAUUCACCUAGAACAUCAGCAACAUCUGGCGGCAGCAUUGCCGGUAUAUUGAAAAACAUUGAUGCCCCUGAAAAAGAUAAGAGACCAGCUUCAUCUAGAGGGACUUCGCCAAGAAGGCCACUUGCUUCUGAUGGUGUUAAUGCUAUUGUUAAAAAUAUGGAUCUUUCUGAGAAGGAUAGCAGGACAGUCAUCUCCUCGGUUCCAUCUCGAGCGGUAUCUUCCCCAAGGAGAAGACAGGCUUCUGAUGCUAUUGAUGCUAUGCCAAGAAGCUCAGAUUUUCCUGAAAAAGAUAACAGACCAUCCACAUCAUCUUCAUUGCGUGGGGUUUCUCCGCGAAGAAGGCUUGGCUCUGAUGGUUUCAGUGGUAUAUCAAAAGGGGUGGAUUGUGCUGAUAAAGCUAGCACACCAUCCACCUCAUCAGCUGCAUCGCGAGGUGUUGCACCAAGAACUCAAGUGAUAUCUGAUUGUGUUGGUACUACAUCAAAGGGCAAGGAUUCUGCUGAUAAAGAUAAUAGACCAUCAACCUCAUAUGCUACAUCACGAGGUAUGUCACCACGAAGAAGGCUUGCAUCUGAUGGUAUUAGCUCCAUUUCAAGUAGCAUCAACUUCGCUGAAAAGGAUGGAAGAAUUGUGGCCUCUUCAGUUGCACAUCGUGGGAUCUCAACUAUAAGGCGUCUUGCGUCUGAUGGUGUUGAUAUUAUACCAAAGAGUAUGGAUAGUCCUGAGAAAGAUGUCAGACCCUCCACUUCAGACGGUUCAAGAGGUCUUUCGCCAAGAAGAAGACUUGUCUCUGAUGGUGUCAAUGUUAUACCCAAGCGCAUGGAUCUUUCGGAAAAAGAUACCAGACCUGCCACCUUGUCAACUGCAUCACGGGGAGUUUCACCAAGAAGAAGACUCGCCUCUGAUAAUGUAGAAGCAAUGUCAAAGAGCUCAGAUUCUGUUGAAAAAGAAACAAGAUCAUCCGCUUCGUCGAUGGCAUCACGAGGGGUUUCACCAAGAAGAAGACUCGCCUCUGAUAAUGUAGAAGCAACAUCAAAGAGCUCAGAUUCUGUUGAAAAAGAAACAAGACCAUCCACUUCAUCAAUGGCAUCACGAGGGGUUUCACCAAGAAGAAGACUCGCCUCUGAUAAUGUAGAAGCAACAUCAAAGAGCUCAGAUUCUGUUGAAAAAGAAACAAGAUCAUCCACUUCAUCGAUGGCAUCACGGGGGGUUUCACCAAGAAGAAGACUCGCCUCUGAUAGUGUAGAAGCUAUAUCGAAGAGCUCAGAUUUUGCUGAAAAAGAAACAAGACCAUCCACUUCAUCAGUGGCAUUACGGGGGGUUUCACCAAGAAGAAGACUUGCCUCUUAUAGUGUAGAAGCUAUAUCAAAGAGCUCAGAUUUUGUUGAAAAAGAAACCAGAUCGUCCACUUCGUCAGUGGCAUCACGAGGGGUUUCACCAAGAAGACGACUUGCUUCGGAUGGUCUCAAUACUUUAUCGAAGAGCACUGAUUUAUCUGGUAAAGACUACAGGCCAUCAACCUCAGCAGCUGCAUCACGAGGGACUUCACCCAGAAGCAGGAUUGCCUCUAAUUCCGUUGAUGCCCCGUCAAGAAGCAUGACUUUUGCUGAUAAAGAGAGCAGACCCUCCACCUCAUCAGGAGCAUCACGUGGGACUCUACAGAGAGGCGUGCUUGCUUCUGGUAGCAUUGUGGAUCCUGUGGACAAUGGUAGUGAACGAUCCACCUCAUCGGCUGCAUCUGGUGGGACUUCAGACAGUAGACUUGACAGUACUGAUGCUCAAGUAGAAGCCAUCCAGUUUGCUGAGGAAGUUAAUUCAGUAACUCCAGAUGGCUGUAGUGAUGAUACUUCAGAAAGCAUGUAUUCUGGUAAUGUAGGCACAGAUGCAGCAUCCUUGUCCAUUGCGGUGCAAGAUAGGCAACCAAGCAGAUCUGUUUCUGAUGUCAGUGAGGAUAUGUCACAGAGUGUGGAUGCAACUCAAAAACAUAACAGAGCCAUCUCGGUAAAGGUUCCAUCUCGAGGAACUUCUCCAAGAAGGCGUCUUGCAUCUGAUGGCAUUAAUACUAUGCUCAAAAGCAUGGAUUUUGCUGAGAAAGAUAAGAGACCCAUGACCAUGUCAGUAUCAUCACGUGGAAUGUCACCAAGAAGAACAGCAAGAGUGGACUCUGCUAGUAUAAUGUCAAAAAGCAUGGAUUUUUCUGAUAAGUGUAAUGGACAAAUAUCUUCAAUAAUUCCAUCGCGAGCGGUUUCUACACGAAAAAUACUGGGACCAGAUGGUGCUAAUGCCAUGUCGAGAAGUGUGGAUCUGACUGAUAACUUCAGACAACCAGUCUCUUCAACAGUGCAACCAAGUAGAGUUUCACCAAGGAAGAUGCCUUAUGCGAGCCCAGGUUCUGCCAAUGGAAAUGGAAUUCAAGAGGAAAAUGCCAGUUCAAGUCCAGAUGCACCUUCAAAUAAUUCAGAAAGAUUUGCACCUCCAAAGCAGUUGGCAAGGACACUGUCUUCACCAUCACGUGGUCUACUACGUCCUUCAUCACCAACCAAGGCUUCAUCAACAUCAUCACUUGCCUCUAGGAGGUUGCCGAGCCCAUUGAGGAUUAGACCUUCAACACCUGUCUCACCAUGUAGUUCUGGUAGAUCCGAUUCCCCCUCUUCUCUUCUCAACUACAUUGGUGAUGCAACAAGAGGAAAGAAGAGCCCAAGCCACAUGGAAGAUGCCCAUCAGUUGCGCCUCCUGUAUAAUAGGAACUUGCAAUGGCGUUUUACAAAUGCUUAUGUGGAUGAAAUGCUAUCAAUCCAGAAGAUGGGUGCCGAGACUAUGCUCUACAGUGUAUGGGAUAGUAACUCAAGGAUGUCUGACUCUAUGGUUACGAAAAGGAGUUAUGUUGAAAGGCUGAGGCAAGAGGUCAAAUUGGGAAUAGUGUUGAAACAACAAAUGGACUACCUCGACCACUGGGAAGAGUUGCAAACAGAUCAUUCUACUUCUUUGUCCGGUGCAAUUGAAGCUCUUAGAGCAAGUACAUUGCGCCUUCCAGUUACAGGAGGAGCAAAGGCUGAUGUACUUACUGUUAAGAAUGCUGUCAGUUCAGCAGUUGACAUUAUGCAAGCAAUGGGCUCUUCUGUUUGCAACUUGCUAUCGAAGUUAGAGGCUACACACUCUCUGGUUACAGAACUCUCAGCUGUUGCUGCUAAAGAAAGCACUACCCUUAAUGAGUACAGAGAGCUCUUGGGUACAGCGGCAGCACUGCAGGUCCACGAGUCCAGCCUAAGGACACAACUCAUACAAGAAACAGAGUGA